CUUCGAUCAAAAAGUUGUCGUGCUUCAACGGUGCUGAACGUCCCGCUCGCUGCAGCCCACCUUGUCAACUUGUGACCAUGGCGCUGACCGCCGCCGCCGCCAGCACUUCCCUCUCCAGCUUGUUCCUCCGACGAACCGCAGCCAGAUUCGCCUCAGCCCUUCAGUCAUGGCCUUCGCGGCCUCUGCUCUCCGCAUCAAUCGCUAUUCCUGCCAUAGCAAUCAACAUCCCCGGUCUGGUGUCAGAUAUUUGGGAAGGAAUCUUGAAAGCUGUUCCUAAAAAGAAGACGUCACACAGAAAGAAGAGACAACGACAGCUGGCAGGCAAGGCAUUGAAGGAUGUGAAGGCCAUCAACGAAUGUCCUGGUUGUGGACGGCCGAAGAAGGCUCACACGUUAUGCCCGUAUUGCGUUGCUGAAAUAUACGAAAGCUGGAAGGCAAGGGAUGCGGAACAACGAGAGAUGGCGUCGCAGAGCAAAUCAUAAAAGAUGGCCGUUACUAUGGAUAAGAGAGUAGAUCUUCCCUGUCCACACCACGAAUACUACAGGCUGGCCUCCGACUGCCGACGGUUUCGCGGGGAGAUAGCACCGACGGCUGCUUUGAGGCGGACAUCCCUCACAAGAUACCCACCUCGAAGGAUCGAGCUCUUUGCGAGCUAUGCUGGGCAAGUUGAUCUUUUCGCUGUGCCGCAAAGAGUGCUGCUUGCGAGGCCUGCGGAUUUCGCUAGUUUCGUUCCGGAGACACAAACAUGAGAAGAGCGACUCUGGCAGUCGGACGGCUGCCUGAGAGCGAGGGUCUGUAUUGUCCCAAAGACGAUUGGUGUUGCAAUGCAAGAGCAGCGGCAACCUAAAGUGGCUAUGUGAUUCGAUCUCGUACAUCAGCCGGCACGAAGGCCGUUCCGCAGUGAGUGGACCGACGCCAGUUGGCAAUCACAAACGAACAAGUCCACUAGAUAAAACAUUCUAACUGGGCAAAAUAAAAUGUAUCAAGAGUAAGACAUUUUUGUGCUACUGUACAUUUCUCGAUGGCACUCGGCCAGUUUUAGUGUAUUUUCAAAGGAUGCUCGCUUGCUAA